CUUUCACUAACUAGGUCAUAUAUAUAUAAACCUGCAAGAAGCAUGUUCGCGUCUCUAGGAGGAUUCAAUCAUCGGCGGUGGACGAAAAUGGGUGUUUUCAGGCUUCACCAGUACCAAGUCGUAGGAAGAGCUCUCCCGAUGGAGAAAGAUGAGCAGCCGAAGAUUUACAGGAUGAAGCUUUGGGCUACGAACGAGGUUCUUGCCAAAUCCAAAUUCUGGUACUUCUUAAGGAGGCAAAAGAAGGUGAAGAAGAGUAAUGGACAGAUGUUAGCCAUCAACGAGAUCUUUGAGAAGAACCCAACAACGAUCAAGAAUUUUGGAAUCUGGUUGAGAUACCAGAGUCGUACUGGUUACCAUAACAUGUACAAGGAGUACCGUGACACUACUUUGAACGGAGCAGUGGAGCAAAUGUACACUGAGAUGGCGUCAAGACACAGAGUCAGGUUCCCUUGCAUUCAGAUUAUCAAGACAGCUACAGUCCCAGCUAACCUCUGCAAGAGAGAGAGCACUAAGCAGUUUCAUAACAGUAAGAUCAAGUUCCCGUUGGUCUUCAGGAAGGUUAGACCUCCCACCAGAAAGCUCAAGACUACCUUCAAGGCCUCCAAGCCUAACUUGUUUAUGUAGAAGCUCUCUCUCUCUCUCUUUUUCUAUCAUAAGGUAAUUUGACUUUUCAUACUUAUUGUGGGUAGGAUCUUUUAAGUAUUAUGAUUCGUUCUCUUGAUUUCGAUUAUGGAUUUUAUUCUUUAUCUUUAUUAGUUGGCACUUGGCACUAUUCAGACUUUAAAGAAUUAAAUUUUUCUUGACUUUCUUUUAA